AUGGGGCCUAAUGCCAAGAGCGACAGUGAGACAGGCUUUGAGCUUCCCAGCCCAGCUCAGCCUAGUCCCAGCUCAGUCCCAGCCCAGCUCAGUCCCAGCCCUGGCCAGCCUAGCCCAGCUCAGUCCCAGCCCAGCCCAGCCCAGCCCAGCUCAGUCCCAGCCCAGCCUAGCCCAGCUCAGGCCCAGCCUAGUCCCAGCCUAGUCCUAGCCCAGUCCCAGCCCAGCCUAGUCCUAGCUCAGUCCCAGCCCAGCCUAGCCCAGCUCAGUCCCAGCCCAGUCCAGUCCAGCCCAGCUCAGUCCCAGCCCAGUCCAGUCCAGCCCAGCUCAGUCCCAGCCCAGCUCAGUCCCAGCCCAGCUCAGUCCCAGCCCAGCUUAGUCCCAGCCCAGUCCCAGCACAACCCAGUCCAAGCCCAGUCCCAGCACAACCCAGUCCAAGCCCAGUCCCAGCCUAAGCCCCAGCUCCUACCCAGCCACCCCAGCCCUAGGCCCCUACCUUACCACCCCAGCUCCUACCCUGCCACCCUAGCUCCUACCCUGCCACCCCAGCACUCGGCCCCUACUCUACCACCCCAGCUCCUACCCUGCCACCCCAGCACUCGGCCCCUACCUUACCACUCCAGCUCCUACCCUGCCACCCCAGCACUCGGCCCCUACCUUACCACCCCACCCCAGCUCCUACCCUGCCACCCCAGCUCCUAG